ACCCGCAAGCUGCAGUGGAUGACAUCCCUCGGAAAAGUUCACCUCGAACUGGAGUUACAGGAUAGAACACUUGAAUUUGACGUCGCGCCUGUAUAUGCGACGAUUAUAUAUAACUUCCAAGAACAAGAUAAUUGGACUCUGAAAGCAUUAUCGAAAAAAAUGAAUCUAGAUCCGCAGAAGCUGAGACGGUUAAUGAAUUUUUGGAUAGAUCGUGGCGUGUUAAAGGAAAUACAGAAAGAUACUUGGAUAGUUCUGGAAACCGCAGAGUCAGCUAUAAUAGAUGAUUUUAUCCCGCCCGAAGACCACAAUCAAUUCUCAAUACAAACAGUAGAAGAUCCAAAAGUAGAGGCAUUGCGAGUAUAUUGGUCAUACAUCCAAGGAAUGCUAAUAAAUCUCGGUGAAAUGACUCUCGAGAGAAUGCAUACUAUGCUGAAUACAUUUGUCCAAGCACCAAACAAGUUUGAACAUUCGCCUGAAGAAUUGAGAGAAUUCUUGAUGUUAAUGGUUAAAGAAGAAAAAGUAGAGUUUAGGGCUGGUAUAUUCAAGUUGAAGAGAUGA